UGGAAAAGAAACGAAGUGAAGAAGAAAGAUUAAUCAAAGAAGGAAAGCUGAAACCUUCUCCAAGAAAAAAGAAGAAAAUGAUGAAAGAUGGUUUUAUAUUCCCAGAGGAGUGUAAUCCAGUGAUAAAAACAGAACCUGAUAUGCAGAGAAUGAAUGGUGUUGCCCAAGUGAGGGAAGAUUCCCAGAUGAGUCCAGCUCAUAGUGAAGGACAUGGCAUUGGCUUAGGGAAUAGAGUUGGACAUCCAGAGGGUCACCAACUUGACAGUAAGCCAGCUACUAUAUGCAGACCCUCUGGGAUGAGGAUUCCUAAUCAUCCUGAUCUCAAAUCUCCUCCAAUUAGCUAUGCUGUUUAUAAUAAAAAUCUUCCAUCUGUCAUAGAAAGUCCUAGAGCUUACAGCCCUACUCAAAAACAUGGUGUUUCAUCCCAAGUUGCAGCUUAUUCUGUGGCCUCACAUCCUGCUCAUUUAAUCACUACUGCAGCCCCCACCCUUAAUAUUAAUAUGCAGAAGCCCCAAGUGUCACCUGACCACAACUACACUGGGGUACUAAACAUGCAUGAAAAUUUCUACAGAGAGCCCAGAAGACCUCCAUUCAAUGUUUCCAUGCAAGAAUUCAAUCCAUAUAAUUGUGGACAUAACCCAAAUGCAGACACAUACCAAGGUGCUUGUCAACAAAAUCAUAUCUCUUCUAAUCAGAAUCCUCAUCAGAAUAACAACAUGAAUAGUAUCCCAGUUUCCAGUUCUCAAAAUGUUUCAAACCAUCUACAUAAUCCUAUGCCAAGUCCUAUCCAGAAUCCUAUGCACAGUCCCCAUAAUAAUGCAAUGCAAAGUCCCUAUGGCACUCCUAUGCAUAGUCCUCACAUAAAUUCACUUCAGAGUCCCCAUAAUAACCCAAUGCAUAGCCCUCUUGGCAUUCCAGCUCAAAGUCCUCUAGCUAAUCCAAUGUUAAGUCCACAUGGAAAUCCUCACCCCUCUCCAAUGUUGAGCCCUCAUACAAAUCCACACAACACUCCAAUGCCAAGUCCUCAUGGAAAUACUCAAGUAGUACCUAUGCCAAGUCCAUAUAGUAAUUCCCAUAACACACCUGUGCAAAGUCCAUAUUCUAAUCCUCAGAGUACGCCAAUGCCAAGUCCUCACGGUAAUCCACACAGUACACCCAUGCAGAGCCCUCAUAUAAAUUCUCAAAAUACUCCAUUACCAAGCCCUCACAACACUCCAAUGCAAAGUCCACAUUCUAAUCCCCACAGUGUCAUCAUGGGCCAAAAUCCUGGUUAUCCAAAUCAAGUGUCCCAGCCAUCUUAUGGAUUAACACCUCCUUACAGCCCAGGACCUCAUGGUUCAAUGCCACAAGGAACACCACUUCCUAAUUUCACCAGUGUUUCUGGUAAUUAUAAUCCACUGACUCCACGAGCACCUCCUGUCCACCCAACCCCUACCUGGUCAGAGACUAGAUAUGCUCCAUCUUUUAGAGUGACUGGACCUUUCAGUGAAUGGCAAGGGAGUUGAGAGUGUGGUCUCAGAUUUCCUAAAUCUUGUUAUUCUUGAUUCUUGCUGUUACUGUGUUACUUUUCAAAUGCUGUGUAACUUUAGUGUUUGGCUGUGAGCUGGCUAUAGAAGCUCAAAAUAUGGUAGCUGCAGUGUUACUGGUCACAAAGAGUGAAAACUUAUUUUCUGUUCAGAUAUAGCACUAGUCGAUAUUUAUUUAUUUGUGACUGAAGUAAAUGAAAGUUGUUUUUGAAGAGAAACUAUGAGUGUACAGUAUGUAACCUUUUGCCAUAUCACAAGCCAUUACUUGUGUAAUGAUCUCAUGUGAGUGAAAGAUGUCUUGUAGAACUUUUGCUGAAAAUUCUCUUUUUUAUUAAAGAAUCAGUUGUAUAGUUGUAAGGUAGUCUUACCAGAAGUGUUGCUUCUUAGAUGGCUUAUUUAUCAUUUUUUCCUGUAUAUAGUAUGCAGACUGUUUAGUUUUAAUGUAAGAAUUUUCAUAAUUCUGAUAAUUGAAUUUCAACAAAAUACAGUGCAUUUUUUUCUUUUUUGAAAAUUGAUAGUGUUGAAUCAACCAUAUACAGACAAGAAGUCUGUUUUUAUCUGGUGAUUUUUAAUACUCAGAAGUGUUCUCUGAAUGGUGUGGGGAAUAAUCAGAUGAUUGCUCAAAUAUUCUCCAUUAAUAUUUGAAUUUAUUUUUUUGGAAAUGAAGCACUUAUAAGCCAAGAUGAUGACUAGUCUAUGCAAGGCAUUUUUAAGAAAUUUAGCCACGUAUUUUAUUUUUCUUAGGAUAAUUAUUAACGUAUUUUUGGCCAAAAGGAAGGCCUUGAUGAUGUUAUUGUUUUAAGGACAUAUACAGACAGGAUCAUUAAGUACAUACAAAGUACACCCAUUCAGAUUCUCACCUCUAAUCUCAAAAAAAAAAAAAAAAACAUUACAAAGCAGUUGUGGACACAUCCCCAGCCCAAAGUACAGUAAUUGCACCAGAAGGGCAAGCCGUAAGUCUCUGUAGAUCACGUUCCGUUGGAGAAGGUUGGCUUAUGCCAGUCAUUUGAACAUUUUAUCAUUGUGCCUGUAAUAAGGCUUAACAACUGGAGAUGAUGGGCAACAGGAGCGUGAUGUAUAUGGGUCUUGUCAAGCAACAGUCUAGACUAAGUUGCCAAUGGGCAUAAUUUGAUUGAAGCCCUCCACAUGCAUGCAGCCAAGACACAGACUCCUUCAUCAGUAGGGUUUUGAAUGAAUAGAAUAUGUUAUUGUAAUUUAACCCUUGACAUCUGCUUUUCAUAUUUCUUCAUCAUGUAGUACUCAUCCUUUUAUUUACUUUUUUUUAUUCUUUUUAAAUGUUUAUUAAUUUUAUUGUAUUUUAUUUUUUAGAAAUUACUUUGUUCUUCUAUAUAAUUCAUAAUUUUGAGAAUUUCCAGUUAUUCUGAAUAGUCAUUUUCUCAUAACUGUUGCGGAAGUCUUGGAUUGGCUACAUAAGCCUCUGUCGCCUUACUAUCAUCAUCUCUUGUACAAAUAACUUUUCUGCUGUCUCUUCCUUCCUUUACUUUUCUAUCAAUUAUCUUGACAAAUGAGGUGCACUAGUUCAUAAUCACCCUUUAGGAGUAAAAAAGCUGUAAUUUUUGGAUAAUAUUAACCCUGUGCUACAUGCAAAAAAGAGAGUGAAAAAUAAGCCUGAGAAUCUUUUUGUAUUUUUACAUGCAUUUUGAUACUUUUAUUGAAGGCAAAAGUGAAGUAUUGUUUUGUAGCAGUACCUAUGAGCGGGAUGUAGAGAGGGGUUGGGGUGGACCCACUGGAAUGAGCUCUGUUGAUGACGUAUUUUUCAUCCUACUGUGUUUUUAAAAGUGGCAUUGUGAACUCUAGGCAAGAUAGACUUUUUUUCAUUGGGUUGUUUUUAAUGUCCAAAGAUAAUUUAGACAAGUCCAAACCAUACAAAAGGUUCAAAGUUACUCGCAACUGUGUGGUGAUUGUGGUGUUUGUAGAACUCGACAAGGUCUUACACUUCACCUAAAGUUGCCCAUCUGGUCAUAUAUACAUUGCCACUGUUGCCUUCCUUCCUGGUGCCCUAAUGUAGUAAGUAAACAAACGCUUGAUUGUUGGAUAAGUCGUGAUGCUGGAUUUUAAAGUACAAAUUAAAUACCACCCUCAUUCUUAAGUUAUAGUGGCACUCCUCUUUACACCCCGCAGGCUUAGUUGAGAUAUCUUUAAAUAUUUCUGUCUGUCUCUUUCCUAUAUAAAUAACCACUAUCUGUUUUUCUCCUUAUGGCCUAGUCAUAUGUCUGUCGCAGAACCCCAUUUUUAUAAUUCCUGUUUCAUCCCAUGAUCAUAAGGCAAGAUGUAUUUUUGUGACAUAGAAAUUGAUGUUGUCCAAUCAUGUCUGGCAUAUCUGUCAUGUUCACCAAACAACCACUGGUACAUAAGGCUGUAUAAUAUGUAAGGUUUGGAUUUUUGUUUUUUUUUGUUUUUGUUUUUUUUUGUUUUUUUGUUUCAUGCAUGCUACAGUAUAUGGGCCAUUAUUGUCACUUGAAACUGAUGGUGAAAUUAACUCCUUGUAAUGAGCAGCGUGUAAACAGUCACUAGAAACAUAAUUUUGUAUUCGUUUAUUAUGAAAGGAUUUUUACCUACUGCGGUGUAACCCAGCAGGCACAUAAUGGUAUUAAUGUCAAUUUAGAGUUGACAUGAUACAUCAGUAUUUGAUGAGUGCUGGCAUGACAUAGUGUUUGGGAAGGAAAGUGCACAGUCUUGAUUAUGCAAUCUUUUGUUUCCUGCUCUGUUGUCACAGAAACACACCAGUAUUACUCAUUUUUGUGUUGUUGCAUCUUUUUAUCUUUUUUUUUUUUCUAAUUUGGGGUUUCUGUGAUGAGGCAGACUGUCUAAUUUAGAUAUAAACUUCUUGGCUCCCACUCCAGUUACCCUUAUCUGACCAUAAACAACAAAGCUGGAACUCGAAUUCAAGGAUAUGAGAAAGCAAUGAUGACGGCAGUGUUACUGAAUAGAUGAUAAAGUCUCAUGCUUGUACAUACUUUAUCUUUAAGGUAGCCAACAGUUAUUAUGUGAGGGAGUGAACAAUGAUGAACCUUGUGAAGGGUUACCAUAAUGUAAUUUCCAAACUAGGAACACAUGGGAAAUAUCACUCAUGGUAAUCAUGUGCAAGAUUCAUGAUGUUGAUUGCAUCACCAUUAUGAAUAAUGAUUAUAAUCAAUGUGCCGAUAGAUAUGCUCUUUUUCCCUUUGCUGAUAAUUAUGUUCUGUUUAGAUGCAAUAAUAUAUAAAAUUGUUUGUGAAGUUUGUCAACACUCCACUGUUCGUUUUUACCAUAUUGCGGUAGUCCACAAUAGCGAAGAACUCUGUAAGAAUUCCAAGUUCAGUGCUCUCCUAAGGUCGCCUUUGCACUGAUAAAGUAAUUCAUACAAUGUUCUUGUAGCACAUGUGACAAUAUUUAAAACCUUGAACUCCCAAAAUGCUGCAUUAAAACUUAUCUUCUUUCUAUUACGAAUAGAAAAAUAAGUUUUACUGCAAUAAGGCAGGUUCAACACAGUAGAAUUUGUCACGCGUUUGUGGACCAGCCCUAUACAAUAGUACCGCACGGCCCCCACACUGUGGCCUGCGGAGCCCCACCAGGUACCCCCCAAAAAAGGACUGUGGCUAAGAGGCUGGUCAUGGAUAGGUACUGGCAAGGUAAUGGUAUGGAGGUUAUGGUACCAGCAGCCAAGAGUGCCUCGCAGCUGUGGGUCUGAGUGUCCCUCCCUAAGUGAGUUCAGUAGUUUCAGAGACUUUCAAUAUGGCAGUUUUUCUGUAGAUAACUGUAUUGGAAAUCCCUCUUAUUGUCUGAACUAUCUUCUACCACACAAAGAAUGUAUUCUUGUUGACUGUUGCAUGUUAAUGUGCCAACAUUUUGGGUCUCUCAACUGAGCUACCAGAUAAUCAAAGUUGCCAGAUGCCUAUAGAUUUUUACACUAUGUAAACAACCCAGAUUGUUAUUAUUAGCCGAAAAAAUCUAUACUUUAUCGAGAAUCUCGCCGGGACCCAACUACCACUCAGCCUCGCUGUGGUGCACUGAUGGUUGCGAUAGAGUUAGUAUACUAGAGUAGCCCAAAUGUAGAUGGAACAUGUAUCAAUAAUUAUGCUGUCUAUGUUCUCAUCCUCAAUAAAUGAUCAAAACAA